AAGCCCUUCUGAGUUCUGACUUUUUAAUUGGCCGAACAAAGAAGAUAGAGAAAAUGGAAUUAAAUUAGGGCUCACGAGUUUCCUUCGUUCUCAGUAGAGAAUUGGUACGAAGUACGAAGGAAUUCCGAGCGGACGAGAGAGUGCAGUGAUUCGUUUAAGUGUUGGGACUUGGCAUGAAGGUGGAGCCCAAUGGCCAACCAUGCAGGAAAAGGAGUCCCCUCGAAUGGGUCUGUGUAUGUUUGCAAUUUGCCUGAUGGGGCUGAUGAAAAUAUGUUGGCUGAAUUUUUUGGGACCAUUGGGUUGCUUAAGAAAGACAAGCGGACAGGUAGACCAAAAAUAUGGUUUUACCGAGAUAAGGUGACAAAUGAGCCAAAAGGAGAUGCUACUGUUACUUAUGAGGAUCCACAUGCUGCUAUUGCUGCUGUUGAGUGGUUUAACAAUAAGGAUUUUCAUGGUAACAUUAUUGGCGUUCACAUUGCAGAAUCAAAAAGCAAUGACCAUACAUAUAACACUGUUGUAGAUACGCCAGCAACUACACUUGGCGUGCCAAGUGUUGUUGCUGAUUAUGUUGGAGCUGAAGAAGAAUCUGGAGAUCUGAAUGGGGCUGCUGGUCGGGGUAGAGGCCGGGGUGAUGUUCCUGGAAAAGCUUGGCAACAAGAUGGAGAUUGGAUGUGCCCGAAUACAAGUAGUUGUUCCAAUGUAAAUUUUGCAUUUCGUGGUGUUUGCAAUCGAUGUGGAACUGCUCGCCCAACAGGAGCUUCUGGAGGUGGUGCGUGGGGUGGUGGUCGGGGCAGGGGUCGUGGCCAAGAAUCUGGAGGUCCUGGCCGGUCAGCUGGUGCUGCUCCUACAGGGCUCUUUGGCCCUAAUGAUUGGCCUUGUCCAAUGUGUGGCAAUAUCAACUGGGCAAAGCGUACAAAAUGCAAUAUUUGCAACACAAAUAAACCUGGUCACAAUGAAGGUGGUGUAAGAGGAGGACGUGGUGGAGGUUACAAAGAGCUUGAUGAAGAAGAACUAGAAGAAACUAAACGCCGUCGGCGGGAGGCUGAAGAGGAUGAUGGUGAGUUGUACGAUGAGUUUGGCUAUCUCAAGAAAAAAUUUCGUGUAAAAACACAGCAAGCUGAAGCUGGAAGGACACUUCCUGGUGCUGGACGUGCUGGAUGGGAAGUGGAGGAACUAGGUGUUAUUGACAGAGAUGGUAGAGAAAGUAGGGACAGAGGAAGAGAACGGGAUGAUAGGGAGAGUGGUAGGAACAGAGAACGAGAUGAUAGAGAUAGGCGUAGGAGUCGUAGCAGGGAAUGGGAUAGGGGAAGGGAUCGAGAUCGGGAUUAUGAUCAUGACCGAGAUAGGGAGUACGGGCGGGAUAGGGACAGGGACAGAGAUCGUGACCGGAGUAGGCACCGCCACUGAAAAUUUAGCAUGAAAGCUUCCAAGCAUUAUUUUGAUUCUGUCUUGAAACAGUUGAUGUUUGAUUUGGCUUCUUUGCAUUCGAUCUGAACUCAUUUUGUAGGGAUCACUUCCUUUCGAGCUCUUAAUUGAAGGUGCCUUGUUGGUGUUGAAGAUAAGAUACUUCUUUGGUGAGUGCUUACAUGUGCCAGUGUGUAAACUGGUACUCUGCUUCAAGAACAAAGUAAAUUAAAAUUUUGAAGUCUUUCCGUUGUGAACAUUGUGGAAAAAUUGUGUUCCUGUAGAUCAUAUACUCAAGUAAAUUGUUGGAACUAAUUUCCUUUUUUA